AGCGGCACGGUAAACGAUCGCGAAGGUUGCCGACGACGUGGUGGUCCUCCUCGUGUGUCGUCCGCAUCUCUAGCGACCGCCUGUUACAUCGAUAACACGUGGUAGCGUCGACGAACGAUACUCGGAACGUUCAUCCGUGAACGGCACGACCUCGUCGUCGUCGAAGAGGCACCCUCGAAGCACGAGGGCAUCGGCCAAGAGGAGGGAAGGCGAGAGGCCUUCUGCGCUCCUCGAGGAUGUCGCCGCUUCCUCGACGUCGACGACGACGUGGAUGUACGCGCUUCUCGCGGAUUAUACAUCCUCAGAUGAGGGUGGGUUACUGCCAGAUAGCGGUGGUAUCGUGGAGAAUGACGUUGCGGUUGGCGAUGGCACCAGCUUGAACCCUUCUGUCUUUCAUCAACAUCAACAACAACAACAUUCGAAUCAUUAUCGGCAAGAUCAACCGCAGUUGCAACAAAACCAGCAACAAUACCGUCGACAUCAGGAGGAGGAGCUGGAGGACCUGCUGUGCUUUCGUGGACCACCAGAACAGGAAAUGGUGGCCCAAGAAAUGGCACAGAGUUAUACGCAGCUCCUCCAUCCGGGUCAAGAACCACAAGAAUUCAUAUCGUUGGAGGAGCUUCAACCACGCAUACAUCAAGAUCAUCACGAUCGUGGCCAAGUGAUUUCAACCAGUGCUCAACUAUAUCAGCAUCCUCAUCAACAAGAACAGCAAAGGAGUUAUUAUAAUCUUUCGGCGGUUCAAGAAAGUUCGUGUCCCACGGUUUAUUUCAGCGACAUAGGAACGGGCUCGGGGGUGGGAGAAGUAACCGCCAACUCGGCGGGGGGUGGCGAAGGUCUCAGCCUGACUCCAACCCCCGCCAACAACAGCAACAAUACAACUACCGCCACCCCCAACACGACCGGCGCUACCACCAUUGCGAUUACUACAACCACCACCACCACCACCACCACCAGCACCGACACUACGCCGCAGGUCGUAACGGGGGCUGAACCGCCCCAGCACAUGGAGACACCCCCGACGAUGGUCCCUGACCAGGCACCCGCCUCCGGCCAUCACUAUCAUCGUCAUCACCACCACCAUCACCAUCAUCAUCAUCAUCAACAACAACAAGAACAACGUAGCGCAUCCACUACCCCUAAUCAUGGACCAAAUACUGAUACUUCUGAGGAAUUCCUGGCGGAUUCUAGGAAGCGAAAACUCUCUUGCCACGAUGGUAGUAAUUUAUUGGACGAUGUUGGAGACGAUGCCAAAUUUGUUCGCACAAACGACGACAGCAAAAAACAAAAUCAUAGUGAAAUUGAGAAAAGAAGAAGGGAUAAAAUGAACACCUAUAUCACGGAACUUUCAGCGAUGGUACCGAUGUGCCAUGCAAUGUCUCGCAAACUUGACAAAUUAACUGUGCUCAGGAUGGCUGUGCAACACAUAAAGACCAUCCUCGGUGCUGUCACUUCCUAUACGGAGGGUCAUUAUAAGCCAGCAUUCCUGAGCGAUCAGGAGCUCAAGACGCUCAUACUUCAAGCUGCGGAGGGUUUUGUCUUCGUGGUUGGCUGUGAUCGUGGAAGAAUUCUCUAUGUAUCCGAGUCUGUUUUGCAGACACUCAAUUAUUCUCAGGGUGACCUACUGGGUCAAAGUUGGUUCGAUAUCUUGCACCCUAAAGAUGUUGCCAAGGUGAAGGAACAACUAUCUUCUUCGGAUCUUAGUCCACGUGAACGAUUAAUAGACGCCAAAACAAUGUUACCAGUGAAAACAGAUGUGCCUCAGGGUGUAUCGAGACUAUGCCCAGGUGCACGAAGGUCUUUCUUCUGCAGAAUGAAACGAAAAGUGGAAGGAAUUCGUUGCGGUGACUUGCAAGUGAAAGAAGAAGCUGAUACUACAAGUGGGUGCCAUCGACGCAAAAAGCAACAAAACGUUGACUGGAAAUACUGUGUCAUUCAAUGUACCGGUUACCUAAAAUCUUGGGCACCUGCAAAAAUUGAUCUGGAGGAGCAAGAAGGUGAUGGAGAAGGGGAAGCUUGUAAUUUAUCGUGUUUGGUAGCUGUUGGUCGUUUACAAUCCACCAUACCAACAUCUUUGCCUAAGAAACCAAAUUUAAGGCCGAUUAAAUUUGUCUCGAGACACGCGAUGGAUGGCAAAUUUCUUUUCGUCGAUCAGAGGGCUACAUUAGUGUUAGGUUUCCUACCGCAAGAGCUGCUAGGUACAAGCAUGUACGAAUAUUAUCAUCAUGAUGAUAUUCCUCAUCUCGCGAAAUCUCAUAAAGCUGCUCUUCAGGCCACCGAAUGCAUCACCACACAGAUAUACAGGUUUAGAACCAAAAACGCCAGCUUUGUGAGACUUCAAUCUGAAUGGAAAUCUUUCAGAAAUCCAUGGACCAAAGAUAUCGAAUAUCUAAUAGCUAAAAACUCUGUUACUUCUUGUGACUCCCGAUCAAUUACAAACAGUGGGAACAGAUCUGAGGAUUCCAGUGUUCAAGGCAACUAUGAUUACUUCACACAGAGUAACGGUGGAUUAGAAAGAUUAAUCUCAAGUCAUGUUGAGGUAAGUAAAAUUGGACGACAAAUAGCGGACGAGGUUCUGGACCUUCAGAGACGCUGUGAAGAUUCUUCUUCCGGAGGCAGUCCUGGACCUGGACCGGAAUCUACUCUGUUAAAUACUGAGUCACAGAUCACCACCACGGCAUCACCAGAGAGAGUCCAGGAUUUGACGCAGCCACUUAGAAGCAACAACAACAGCACCACUAAUCCUGCAUCAACGUACAACCACAUUGCAAGCAACUUGCAGCUGAACAGCAUCGCGAACGACCAAGGAACGUCACCAGACGAGGAUAUGAUGGAUAUGAUCGGGGGUACAACGAUAAACGAAUCACCAAACCCGGUGCCAUCGGAUGGCAACGACGAAGCAGCAAUGGCCGUGAUAAUGAGCCUUCUAGAGGCGGACGCUGGCUUAGGUGGCCCUGUGGACUUUUCCGGUUUACCUUGGCCGCUUCCAUAGUACAUUCUUUUACCAAGUCUCCUUCAGUGUCUGAACAUAUGUACCUCAAGUUGAACUGUUUAUUUUUCAAAAAUCCUACAAAGUGUGUGCGUGUACAUAUAAACUAAGUGAGACCAUUAUUAAACUGUUCAUCAUUUUUAAAUUGUGCUUCAAGUACUUGAAUCAACAGCGAGUGUGUGUCUGUAUUUGCACUUUGGUUUAUCAAACAUUCCAACUUUUUUUUUUUAUGAUUUCCUUAGACAGCGAACAGCUGUUUGGUGCUGAAACGGUGCUGUUUAGGUUUUUUUAUAGACAUGCCAUUUCUGUGAUCAAUUACGGAAUAUUAUACGUACAGAACAGUUAAGUUUAAGUAGACAUUUAUUAUUCGUUUCGGAGAUUUUCGUGUCGAUCAUCGAAUCACUGGAAACGUUGCGCCGAAUAUGGAAGAAAGGAUUUCUUUCUAGAGGUAGAAAAUUGAUUCUCACUUUAAUUGAAGUUUAUCAAUGAAAAGAUUAUUUGGAAAUAUCAACUUCGAAUCAUCGUAGGAAAAGUUAAUAAAAUAAUAUCAGAUCUCCUACCUCAGUUUGCAUUUCAUUGUAAAUUCUUUGAGAAUCCAACACCGCCAGGAGAAGUUAAAUGGCAAUAACUGCUAACAUACGCAUCUUCCAUUAUACAUAAGUUCUUUACGCAGUAAAUGUCUUGAAGAAUACUGAACAUCGAGAGACGAAAGCCAUAAAAUUGAAAGGCGAAGUUCCUGACCGUAGCUUUUUAGCGACAAAUUAACAUUGCGUGUAAAUAUGUAUCUCACAAAACGCCAAAAGUACCUAAUUAAAGUGUAAGAAAUCACGAUAAUAAAUAGAAUUUUCUCCGCAUAGCAUACCGCAUUUCAUACUGAAAAAUAUCGGUAGUUCUUUCUUCUUUGCUCCGAAGGUGUUGCUAUUUUAUAAUCAAAAUUGAAUUAUUUGCGCAAAUUAAGUUUCUAUUUACUUGCUUUUUGAUUAUCUCUUCAUCUCAAUUCAAAUGUAAUGUCAUAUUUGUAAUUUUAUAAAUGCGUGUUGUUUCUUACAUAAGAAAUAUUUUUAAAAAGUGGCGAACUCACUUCAUGAUGCAGCUAAGUAAAUUGAUCGAUGAAGAAAAUUAAUUUUCAUACGUUACAUAAGUAUAAUGUACAUAAAACGUGUAAAUGUAAAUAAAUAAUUAAAUGUAUAUGUGUGCGCGCGCGUAUGUGUGUAUGCUUGUGUAUGUGUUACAGUGUAGCAUAACAAUAAUAUACUGGAAAAAUAAAUGUUAUUAUGUAGGGAAAAGAAUGUUACCGCCAUUAAAUGUAGACAAAAUUCUUGGAAACUGUAAUUGUUUUUAUAUUAAAUUUUACAUUAUAAAUCUUACAAA